AAACUGAGUAAUGCAAUGUCUUCUAUGCAAGUGGUUGUACGCAUUGUUGGCGUUCAUCUUUUUUGCGACAUUUUUAUAAAUUUUCGUGAAAAUAUGAAAAUGGACAUUGAGAAAAAUGCAGAAGGGACUGGCGUUGAGCUCACAGAUGCAGAAAAUGAACUAUAUGAUAGACAAAUUCGACUUUGGGGCUUGGAAUCCCAAAAAAGACUGCGCACAGCCAAUAUACUGAUUUCUGGUCUGAAUGGGCUUGGUGCUGAAAUAACUAAGAAUAUCAUUUUAUCCGGUGUUAACUUGGUGAAAUUGCAUGAUGACAAAUUGGUCACCGAAGAAGAUUUUUGCUCACAAUUUUUGGCGGCACGUGAAGAAUUAGGAAAUAACCGCGCCGAAGCCUCAUUAACGCGCGCUCGAGCUCUUAAUCCCAUGGUGGACAUAUCUGCGGAUACGCAGCCAUUGAUCGAGAAGAAUGCGGACUUUUUUGGUCAAUUUGAUGUUGUAGUUAUUAACGGGGCAAACAACGAGGAACUGUUGCGAAUUGAUACAAUCUGCCGGGAGUUGGGCGUUAAGUUUUUUGCCACUGAUGUUUGGGGCAUGUUUGGUUUUCAUUAUGCUGGUUUACAGAAACAUAGCUACGUAGAAAACGUUUUCAAGUACAAGGUAAUAUCGAAGCCAAAUGAGAAGGUUAAAUAUGAAACGGUCUCCACACCAGUCCAACGCGAAGUCGAGUAUCCAGCCUAUUCCAAUUGGCUGGAUUUCAAUAUUAAUGCCCCAAACUAUCAACGCAAGUUGAAGCGCGAUGGACCAGGCAUCAUACUGUUGCGCGUUUUGCAAAACUUUCGCAGCACACAUAAUCGCGAUCCCAACUAUAAGACCAGAGAAGCAGAUAUUGCUUUGCUGGAACAAAUCCGAGACGAGCUUGUGCCAAACUCUGCACUGACCAGUGAUGCACUUGGCUUACUUUUUGCACAAAUAUCGCCAGCAGUCGCUGUCGUUGGUGGCGUUGUAGCUCAGGAGAUUAUUAAAGUAGUGACUAAAAUGGAAGCUCCUCAUCGCAAUUUAUUUAUAUUCAAUCCGGAAACUUGUAUGGGUUAUGUGGAAGCAAUUGGUGUCAACUAAUUGACGCCAAUUUUAUUGCAUAAAUAAAGUAAAACUUCAUUCAUAA